AUGCGAUUCCCGGGAGGCAUAUCAAAAGACGAGACGCUCAGUGACCUGCUUCGUCAGAAUUACGACGAGUGCGAUGGCCAGCCCACAGCUCAGGAUCUCAUAGAACUCAUGGGGCACUGCCUCAAGACAUUUUUUACCUUCGAGGGGAUCACCUAUGAGCAAAUUAAGGGCACUCCGAUGGGUACACCAAUCUCCGGACUCAUUGCCGAGGCCGUUCUGCAAAAACUCGAGGAACGACUGUUCGGGGAAUACAAACCAAAGUUUUGGGCGCGCUACGUUGAUGAUACCUUCGUAAUCAUCGAUCAGGAUAAAAUUAGCUACUAUGAAGAACUGUUGAACUCAAUCAUCCCCGACCUACAGUUCACGAUGGAAGAAGAAGUGGAGAGCAAACUUUCAUUUUUGGAUGUUCUCAUCUACCGCCAACCAGACGGUAAACUGGCGACUUCAGUCUACAGAAAACCGACGAACACGCUGCAAAUGCUCAGUUACAACAGCAACCACCCACUGCAACACAAACGAAGCUGUGUACGCACACUAUACCGACGGGUGGAAACUCAUUGCAGCACCCCAGUCGCCAAACUGGACGAGAUGAAGCUCCUACAAGGACUCUUCAGAGCCAACGGCUAUCCGCGAACAUUCGUUGAACGGAGCCGAAAGCAACCAAGGAUGAGGAAUGAAGAACCUAUUCAGCCAAAAUCUUGGCGGAGCAUUCCAUACAUGAAAGGGGUCUCCGAAGCCGUAGCCAGAUCGCUCGCGCCGCUCGGAAUAGGCGUUGCCCACAGGCCCGACUCAACAAUCCGCCGGCAAGUGAUGCGGCCAAAAGACCCGAUCCCUAAACAGGAGAUGUCGGCUGUUGUCUACCGACUUCAGUGUAGCUGCGGAAUGUGUAACUACGUUGGGGAAACCGGCCGACGGCUGCAAACGCGCAUGCACGAGCAUAAGUUGGCCGUGCGAAGGUUGGACCCAAAGUCGGAGGUAGCAACCCAUGCCGCCCAAAUGGGGCACGUCUUCAACUUUGACGCCGUUGAAAUUGUGGGCCGAGGAGACGAUCAUACGGCAAGGCAGGUACAAGAAGCCUGGAUGUCUACCGACUGUUCUGUCAACCGCCACAUCAAUUUACCUCCCCCUUAUCUGGUUUUAAGGACAUUCUUGACGGGGGACAGUCACGGCGCGGGACAAUCGGGGCCGCCAAUCAUCACCGCGGCCGACGAAGAUGGGCGGGAUUCAGGUCACGGUGACAUGCGGGUCGGAUGCAGCCACACAGGCGGCAUUGAUGGGCCAGGGUUUGAACAAAGUGCGCCAUAA